GUUAUAUAUACACAUUGCAUUUUUUGCAAACGGUGGUGAAAAAUUAACUGAUGUUUUUUUUAUUUUUAAUUGUUAAAGAAUAAAUUGUGGAUUGUGAUUUUCCACAAUGAGUUGUGUGAAAAAUAAACGCUAGCGUAAAGCUGAAAAAAAAGUGCUAAAUUUGUCACUGUGCGAGGAGGAGAAAAAAAAAAAUAAUUAUUCAUCUGACCUUAAUUAACAUGAAUCUUCAAACACUAUUUCAAGAUUUUAAUCCAAGCAAAUUUUUGGUACAUACAUGUUUAAUGGUAUUUACAUUAUUAUUUGCAUUGCGACUUGACGGCUACAUUGAAUGGAGUUAUUGGUCUGUAUUCAGUCCAAUAUGGUUUUGGAAAAGUAUGGUAAUUUUAGGAGCAACAGUUGGAAGUUAUGUUUGGUGGAGACAUCCACACGCGAGAUUAGAAGGAGAUGCCUAUGUACAUUAUAAAGCAAUGUUAAUCACUCUUGCAUUGCAUUUAAUUUUGUUAAUGUUCGAAUUAUUAGUAUGCGAUAAAUUAGAAUCAGAAAGACACUUGUGGAUACUUGUGUUUAUACCAUUGAUUUUUAUCUCCAUUGUAUCUAUAGCUGUAUGUAUUUGGGCUGUGAAACAUGAUCGUUCUUUUGAGCUUGAACUUUUUUGUGCAGUCAAUGUAUUACAAUUUAUUUUCUUGGCAUUGAGACUGGAUAAUUUUAUUACAUGGAGCUGGGAGGUUGUGUUCGUGCCCCUUUGGGCAUUAUUAUGUUUAUCAUUAGUUGCUGUUUUAUAUGCUAUUGUAUUUGCUGCCGUUUUAUUAAGAACACCACAAAUUAAUGCACGUCAAAGACGUACAUCGUUAAAUUCUGCUAUUGCAUAUACAUUUCUUGUAGUUCCCAUUUUAGUCUUUCAAGUUCUAUUGGCAAAUAAACUUGAUGGUGAUAUUUCGUUGCAUUAUACAACAGUUGCAACGCCUUUGAUAUUUUCUUAUAUGACACUAAUUUGUAUGUCUUUUGGAGCAAAGGGUGGCAAUAAAUGGUGGUUUGGAAUAAGAAAAGAUUUUUGCCACUUUCUUUUGGGCCUAUGUCCAUUGCUUCAAGAAUACGGCAAUAUUUCUUAUCAAUCGCGAAACGAUCAUGAUCAACCGCCGUCUGAGCCGAUGGUUUCUGAAAAAAGUGAAAAACACAUAAAGAAAAUCGACCUAACAAAACCCGUAGUGCCUAUAGUCUCCAUAGACAUGCCCGAUUGAUUAAAUCUGGUUUAAAACCUUUUUUUUAAGACAAAAAAAAAAAAAGAAAGAAAUAUCCUUUUUUUUGUUGCAAAAAAUGUUGCAAUGAAAAAAUUUUGGUGCUCAAAAAAGUGUUUAAGCACUUUUAUUUUAAUGUGUUUUUUUUUCUCAUAUAAUAUGAGAAUCCCAAAAACAAGAGAAGUAGAAAAAAAAAUCAUUUCAACGCCUGUAAGUAUGUAAAAAAAAAUUAUCUUUUUCCAUUUUACGAAAUUUAAUAUCAAAAUUUUUUAAUUUUGCUCAAAAAAAAGGUGAAUUAAUUUGCAAUUUAAUUGAAAAAAUUUUGUCCGUCCAAAAAAAAUUAAUUUCUGGACUUGGACUUUUUUUGUAAAAAAGAAAAAAAAUACAAGUUGUAAAUAGUAAUUUUGACUAGAUAACGUAGGCUUGUUGCAAUAUUUUACAGAUUUUUGUUUCUCUAUUCGCGCAUAAAAAAAUUAAAUGAGGUAAAUAAUAUAUUGUUCUAUUGAAAUGUUAUACUAACGUCUGUCGUAAUUGUGUAUUUGUUUAUUGAAUAAGCAUUUCAUUGAUUAUUUUUAAAAAUUCAGAAAAUUUUUAAAAAUUGUUUUCUAUAUAAUUUUUGUUUUUUUCUUUUACAAUUAAUUAUUGGAAUAUUGUGGUGCUAAUUAUAUUGUAGACUAGAAAAUGGUCAAAGCAUAAAUUAAUUUUUAUAUUCCAGUAACAUGACAGACGCUUGGUAACAAUUAAUAUUAUUUUGCGUCUAUUUCUCCGAUAACAAUUUUUUUUAAUCUAGAUGAGAAAUUCAUUUAAUUAUCUAAAAAAAAAAGAAAUGUGCCUAUUUUAUAACAGAGUGAUUAUUAUUUAUUUGUUUUUUAUAAUAAUGAAGUUAGGUGGAAAAAAAAAAUAAUAAGUUAUGAUUAUAAAAGAGAAAAAAUUCAUACACACUCGACAAUCACUAAAAAUUUAUUAUCUUUCGGUUAUUGAAAAAAAAAAAUUAUUUUUUAACGUUAAAACAAUUGUUUUACUAUUUAUAUUUUUUUUGUUUUAAUUAUUGAAAAUUUGGUGAAUUCAAUUUAGUUUUUGAAAAAAUUAUUUAAUACUUUCAAUUAUUUUACAAUUUCACCUGUUAAUACUCUAUUUCUAUAUUUUCGUUAUUUCAAACUAAAAUAUUUUCUCCUUCGCUAAAUAUACUUAUUUGCUUCCAAAUUUGAAUAUUUAUUAAAUAAACAAUAUUUUUUGCUUUUAUCGUCAAUAUAAAAUUUAGUUUUGUUAUAAAGAUAACGUAUUCAUUUAAUAAGAAAUGUAAAUAUAUAAUUUCAUCAUUUUUCAAUGUAGAUAUUUACAUAUAUAUAAAAAACUAAAGUAAUAAAAAAAAUAGAGAAUUUAAACGUUUAAAGAAGAAAAUUUUUUUUAAUCAUUCUGCAAAAUGUUAUAUGAAGAAUGAAGAAAGUUGUUUUAAUUCUGCGCUUUUAGAAAUUUCAAAUUCUGCAAAUGUAAAACAUCUCUUCGUCUAUUCAGGCAAAAAAAAAAUGUGAUGAUUGGCGUUGUUAAAAAAAAAAAAAAAUAGUAUUUAUUUUGGAAUACAAGACUGAACAUACGUCGAUGAAUAGUAUAUAUAUAAUUAAGCUUAUAAUAAAAAAAAAGCAGCUGGAUUGAAAAAAAAAUUAUUUCGAAAAUUUUAUUGUUAAACGUUGCUGGGUAUAGAAAUUAGAAUUUAAUUAAUCCUUCAAUUUUGUAUAUAUACUAUAACGUUGUACAUACUCUGUUGUAUCCUUAAAAAAAAAAAAACCAUCGUAUAUUCUAUUAAUUUUUUAUUCUGUGUUACAACAUAUAUACUUACCCACGAUGGUUGGCCAAUUAACAAUUAUUAUUAUUAUUAUUAUUAUUAUUAAUUAUUAUUUUAUUCUGUUAGAAUUUAAGCAGAAUGAAAAACAAUGAUAUCCGAAUAAAAUUUAUAUUUUUUCGUA